UUUUCUCCUGCGGAACACACGCUUGCAAACACCCGCCGACGGCCGUCUCCCAAAUGUGUCCUCUGCCUGUUCAUCGCCGGCGAAGAACCCGAAACCCUAUCGACCCGGAAAUCCCUGCAAUCUUUCUCCGCCCAUCUCCAAGAUCCCCUCCGGUUCCUCCCCGAAUUCCUCCCCCAAAACCCGACCUUCGAGGCCGAGCCGAUCAGCCGCCACCAAGAACCGGCCGGGACCCCGCCGUCGCUUCCCCCCAUGACGCCCAGAGACGAGGAGUACGACUCCAGAGUGGUCUUCGACGCCGCGAACGGCUCCUGCACGUUCGUGAUCCCCAACUUCUCGGGGGCCCAGUCUCUGUCGGUGGGCCAGUUCUUGUGCAGCCGGGCGUUCCCCGCCGGCGGCCACGAGUGGGUCUUCUAUUUCUUCCCCCGCGGCAGGGUCCCCACGGACAGCGACUACUCAUCGGCAUACUUCGCGCUGCAGAGCGAGGCCUCGGACGUGAGGGCGCUGUUCAUGCUCAGGCUGGAGGACCAGAGCGGGAACGGCAACCACCUGGUCUUCACCCACUUCGAUCACUCCCUUGUGCACGGCCCGAUCACGCUCAUGCGCGGAUACAUGUGGGGAUGGCAUCGGUUCUUGAAGAGAGAUCAUCCUGAGGCAUCGCGAUACAUCAAGGACAACUGCCUUAUCCUGCACUGCACCAUUGGAGUCGUGAAGGCACGGCUCGAGGGGCUGAGACUUUACAGCAUCGCCGUUCCGCCGUCGGACAUGGGUGGGGAUUUGAAGGCCCUGUUGGACUCUGGAUUGGGUACUGACAUAAACUUCGAAGUCGGCGACGAAAUCUUCAAGGCCCACAAAUUGAUUCUCGCCGCUCGGUCUCCGGUAUUCAAAGCCCAGUUUUUCGGUCCUAUUGGCGACCGGAACGUGGAGAAAAUCGUCGUGGAGGACGUGGAUCCUUCGAUUUUCAAGGCAAUGCUGGAUUUCAUCUACACCGAUGAGUUUCCCAACAUCAAAGAGAUCGCGGGCUCGCCCAAUCGUUCUGCAUCCACCAGUGUGGUGCUGCAUCUGGCGGCUUUCGCCGACCGCUACUGUCUUGAUCGAUUGAGACUGCUAUGUGAGUCGAAGUUGGGCGAGCAGAUCACCAUCGACAUGGUGGCGACUACACUCGCGCUGGCUGAUCACUACCGGCUCCACAAGCUGAAGGCAAUGUGCCUGAAAUUCGCUGCGAACCCGGCAAACUUGGGAGCGGUGAUGGAGUCGGACGGCUUCAAGCUCCUGGAGGGGAGCUGCCCUCUGGUGCUGUCGGAGCUGCUCUUGGCUGCCAGCAAGCAGCGCACUCGAUGAGUUUGCCGGCCGACCAUCCAUCCGGGGACGAACAACCGCAGCAGCGUCGUCGGGUGAAGGCCAGAACAGGGGAAAUCGUCGUAUAUAAAAGGCAGAGAAUUUUGUAUUCUUUGAUUAUUCAUAACACUGUUUUUCUUUUUCACCCCAUGAGAGAGGUGCAAUCACUAGAGAGGGCAAAUCUUUAAAACGGUAAAAAUUGUUGAUGCUGUUCUUUUC